AUGAUGGUCUUUCUUCUCUUUUCUUUCCUCUCCUUUUCUUUCUUUCUUAUCAAAACCAACACAAACAAGCUCAAGUCUCGCUCGACUUCCUCCUGUACAUUAUCGCUCAGUUAUGGUUCCAUUCAGUCUGCCAUCCUUUGCUCCUUCUAACCUCCAACAUAACCUGUUGUCCUAUCUGGUCCGUCGUUUCCUAGGACCCUUACUCAAACAUGGAGCACAAUCCCUCGACCACCAGCUCAACACUCCCAAUCAACCUGGAACUUUCAACCUCAAGGAUGUCCAACUGGAACCAAAGGCCCUUCAAGAUCAUCUUUCUGGAUCAUUAUCUCCGUUCACGAUUCAAGCAGUCUGCGUAUCAGAACUAUCACUUCAAAUAAACUGGCCCUCAUGGUCAUUCUCCCUCCAAGGAUACGUACCAGAUGUCAAAGUGACACUCAAGGAUAUUCAACUCACCCUCGGCCUCACUGAAGAACAUCAAGCCAAUCAUCAAUCAUCAUCUCAUCUGCUCAACAGUAUCAACUUGGACGAAAACCUGGCGACGAUCGCAAAUGAUUUUGUCAGCCAAGAAUGGACGGAUUCCUAUGAGGAUCAGCUCGAACAGGACUUCCCAGGCGCAUUCACCACCGGCAAAACCAACCAGUCAUCUACUUCGUCUAUUGCCGACCAAGAUCAGCGUGGAUUCUUUGCCGGCUUAGUCCAAAAGAUUUUAGCAAAAUUCAACUUCGAACUCAACCAUCUCACCGUUCUACUCCACCAUCAAGAUGUUCAAGUGCUCCUCUCGAUCGACCACAUCAAAAGCUUAGACCUGACCUCUGAUGACGAUCCCCAUCCCUCAAGCUCUAUCUCGCGAGAGAUUCGGACUUCCUGUCCGGUCAUCUACCUCAAACCUCUCUCAGAUCAAGCUCAAGCCGAUCCUUCCCCAUCUCCUAACUCCUCAUCAAAUCAAUCUUUUGACUCUGAACAUGAUAUGUUGAUGUCUCAAGCUACAGUCGAUCUCCGUCGCCCUGCUCCCCUCUUCGUCUCGGUUGCUGAAACUCUAGAUCCAAUCGACCAGCAGCAGAACUCGCCUGAGAACACACCACAAUCAUCUCAAUCAAUCAUCAAGUCUGAAAAUAUUCUGGCCGAAUUCAUCGGUACAUCAUCAACAAAUGCAUCCAAGUCAUCACCAGAACCUCCUAUCUCACCUGAAGAAAACUCCUCAGAAGAAGAAGAAGGCACAAAAGAAUUAUUAGAUCCAAAGAACUCGCUCAGGUUUCUUUUCUGGCUCGUCAAUAGCAUCUCAUCUAAUUCAGCUGAAGAAAGCAAACCUGACAGCAUCAAGCCUGAUUCAACCGGCCUUCCUAGUCAAGAUGCGACACCGCAGUCCAACAUUCAACGUUCUCAGCUGAACAUUCAGAUCCAUCUUCCAAUCGUAGCUGUUUCGAUCCGAUUACCUCACCAUCUGAAUGCCCUGACUCGACUUAUUUCAACAAUACCCUUAACAUCCGCCAGUUCCCAAGCCAACCGUCCAACGCCCACAUCAGAAGCCACAUCAUCGUUGGCGAUCUCUGUGACACUCAGAUUACAAGAGCUCAAUUGCACCCUAGCUUUCCCGACUCCAUACCAUCAAUCAACCACCGGUCAUGAACAACUGUCGUCUCUAAGCGUCCAAGCAACGGUGAUCAAGUUAGGCUACCAGAAUACCUCAUCUGUGCGUCCAGGUUCUGACGAAAAACAGCCCACAUCCGAAGUUACGAUCCGGGUAGACCAGGUCCAAGGUCGAUCUGAAAUCUUACACACCCCAUCAUCAUCGCCAACCAGACUUCAUUCCGCAUUCCUUCUAGCCCCCGCUCGCGAUGAUCAUCCUAGUCCGGCUGUCUCUAUCUCGCAAACCGUCGAGACCUUGCAGAUCUUAUUCAGCUCGAUUUGGGUGAACUUGGACCUCGAAGUAGUGGCGAUUUUGAUCCCCGUAUUCGAAGCUGUCCAGGCAUCCUUCAUCGCCAAUCGUCCUGACUGGAAUGAGUCUUUUGGCGACGAGGAGAGGGGGGAUCCAAUCACCGACCCUCAUUCGCACGAGCAAGGAGAAUCUUCGCGCUCGAAAGAGAGCCAACACAAGCAGACGACGACGACGGUCUCGAUUCCCAGUCUGUACAUGGACAUCAAGGCGCCCACUCAUCGGGCCCCAUCGACCAGUCGAAGGCCCUCCGAACUUGUCCUAGGAUCGGUGCUCAAGAGCGUCCAGAUGAUCCUGACAUCGGAGCGCCAGAUCGGCGGCUCGGUCUUCGAAGUCGCGCUGGGCUUCCGCGUCGCCAAGACUAAAGACGCCCGACUGCAUCCCGCCCUGGAGCCUUUCUUGGGCAUCGCUCAUCCUACCAUCCCGGCCUCUUUGGACCAGCAACACCGGUUUCCCGGCCUCCGUCUGACUCACAUCCUUCCCCCUCCUUCUCCUCUGAAAUUUGGACAUCCUCCAACACUCAGAAAACCCAGCUCUUUGAAACUCGAAAAUGUGACGAUCGAUUUAUCUAAAGAUCAGUUCGAUCGACUCCAGUAUUGGAUCGACGAUCUUGGCCGAUGGGCCAACGAUCUCUUCGCCCCUUCUUCUUCUUCUUCGUCUCUUCUUCUUGAUCCUCCUCCUCCUGCUCGUCCGAACCACAAACUAGCUAAAGAAGCCGUCUCAAAACCUCGACAAGAAAGACAGAAAACAAAGGAUCGUAAUGAUAAUAAUGGCCACAAAGAUCAAGAAGAGGGAGGAGAAAACGUAUUAGGAACGUUGAUGGUGUCGAAGAUCGCACUGACAAUUCGUCUCCCAUCGGACAAUCUCGACUCCACUCAACGAAAACAACAAAAACAACAACACCAAGAACAACCUCUCAAACUUUUGAUUCAAUUAGAUUCUCUGUCGAUUAUUCAGUCUCGAUUGUCCGUGAACAAGAAAGGUCCUUUCGACUCGCAGAUCCGGCUGCUCAUUCGCGCUUGCUCGGCUUCCCUUCUUCCCUCUUCUCAACCUCCUUCUUCUUCGACUUCUUCUUCGGCUACUACUGCUGCUAAUGCUAAUGCGACUGCUGCUGCUGCUGCCCCUGGUUUGUCGAUCUUGUAUCAAUCGUUUCCGAAUCUCCCUCGUUCUUCUGAUGUCGCAGCGGUCUCGAUGAUAAUCUUAACUUCCCAACCACAGAAUAAUUCUCGGAAGAAUAAUGGCGAGGAUGAUCAGUCAGAGGUGAAAAAGAUGGACGUUCAUUUGAAAGUCGUGCAUUCGACCGUUCGGCUUGGUCCGUGUUGUGUCUGGACCUCCCAGCUCGCCCGGUUCCUCAAAGCGCCUGUCGGCGUCUUCGAGGCUGUAGGGCCCGAGUACGAGUCGCGGAUAAAGGUGGACUUGGAAGGAUGUGCGAUUGAGCUUGUGACCCCAUCAUCCAUCUCCCCUUCUACCUCUUCCACUUCAACUGCUACUACGACACCAACGACAGCAACAACGACAAGAACAGCUGCUUUAGGAGGCGACGAGCUCCUUGACAAAGCUGCCUCUCCCUUCAUCCUCCGCAUCCUUGCUCCUCGUGCUCGUCUUGUCCUCCACUUGGAUCCUACCGCCACUCUCAUCUCGCCUUCGUUGGACGCGUCGUUUCUGGUCCAACUGGCCGAAGCUGUCCCUUCUGAUCAAGUAAGCUUUGCUCCGUUAAUCGAGUUGAAUGAUCUUCGCAUCUCGUUCGUUUAUUCGUGGGACUCUAAUCGCCCUAUUUGUCGAAUGACUUUGAAUCGGGGUAAUCUUACGGUCUCGUUUUGUGCGGAUUCGGCUGAUAGUCUUGUGGAAGUUCUUUCAAAACUAUCGGAGAUUUCUUUUCAACCCAAGAAACCAAAUCCGUCUGUUGAUCAAGUGAAAGUCUCCCCAAGUGUUCAACGGGUUGAAGAUCCGAUAGUCGCAUCAACCAUGCUGAGGUCGGCGAUGAGAGAAUCAUCUUCUGCUUCGAGGACUAUCCUCAUCCAAAAAGAUGAAGAUCUUGCAGAAGAAGAUUACCCGACUGAUGUCGCCUUUCUCGAUCAGACUCGACCCGCUUCCUCUCACCGUCACCACCACCACCAUCACCAUCAUCCGCUGGUCAACCAAAGCGCGCCUGCUAUUCUUCGUCCUCUUGCGGGUCAAGGCCUCAAUAUUAUUGAUGAUUAUCUGUUGAAAACUCCAACCGCUUCGAAGGUGUCACGCCAGCCGAUUGAAACUGAGGUUCAGGUGGAACAUCUAGAUGUCUUGGUCAGAUUUUACGACGGCUAUGACUGGAACUCGACCCGGCAGACGAUCCAACAGGCGCAAAAGACUGUCCGCAAGAGGUUACAGAAGAUUCGGCAGCUGUUGGCGACUGGAAAUCCAGCGGAUGCUCGCUCGAUGGAGGAAGAUUUGGGACCUACGACGUUGUUCAAGUCGGUCCAGCUUGGUUUGGAUUCGUCCACGCGAGGUCUUAGCACCGCCCAGUUGCUCGACGCGAUCGACGAUCAAUUAGAGAAAGAGCCCGCAGAGCCCGUCGGCGAUGAAGCGGAGAGUAUGACGGGCAGUUGGCAGUCGUUGGCCGCUCAUCCGUCGAAGGACCUUCCCCACCCUCGUCUGGUCUCUGUCCCAUCCUCUAAGCAGCGACACUUAGGCAGAUCCGCACAACCGAUGUUGAAGAUCGUGCUGAAUGGAGUCCAGGGACAUUUCCGGAAAUAUCAAGAGACUGCCCCUCAGGCCGAUCAAAACAGGAAGAAUGAUCGAUCGAACAACGAAUGUAGAUUGAGUAGUCUUCAACUCAAAACCGACGCGCUUACGAUCAUUGAUAACAUUCCCACAUCCACCUGGAAAAAGUUCUUGACCGAACUCAGGCCUGGCGAGGGCGGCUUGAUGCGGCCAACCGAUGCCCCCAUGCUUCGGCUCAAAUUCCUCAUUACCCCUUCCGCUCAAGACUCUCGUCUUAAAGAGGCUAUCAUCAAACUUAAAAUCUCUCCCCUUAGACUUUAUGUGGAUCAGGAUGCCGUCGACUUCUUGAAGACUUUCUUUGCCUUCCAAAAACAUUCUUCUUCUGCCACUGGCUCGUCUCCUCCUAUUUCAUCCGCAUCCGAUCCACCCGCACCAUCACCUGAUGGACUGUUUUUUCAACGUGUUGAGAUCUUGCCGAUUCGAAUCAAGCUGGACUACAAACCUAAACGGGUUAAUUACAUGGCUCUCAAGGAAGGCAAAACGAUCGAAUUGAUGAACUUUUUCCACUUUGAAGGAUCGGAUAUGGUAUUAAGACAUGCCACUUUAACCGGAAUCUCAAAGGCGAGUAAGAUAGGAGAAAUGUUACAAGAGAUUUGGACGCCAGAUGUGAAAGCAAACCAACUAGCAGAUGUGAUCUCGGGGAUAGCGCCGGUCCGAUCGGUCGUCAAUCUGGGGACGGGGAUAGCGGAUUUAGUGUUACUACCAAUCGAGGAGAUGAAGAAGAAAGACGGACGAUUGAGUCGGGGGCUCCAGAAGGGCACGAGCUCGUUUGCCAAAAAUACGACGUUGGAGAUGAUCAAACUGGGCGCCAGAUUGGCGAUCGGAACCCAAGUGAUUCUCGAAAAAGCUGAAUCGAUGCUCGGCGCUAAGCUCACUAAUGAUCAGCUUUGCGGCGAAACUAUUGACCAUCUUCAUCAUCUUACUACUCCUAAUCCGAACGAUCAUUCCCUCGAUCAUAAUACCAAUAGUCCUCAUCUUCUUCUUCAGGAUCAUGAACAUUUCAGUAAAUAUGCCCUCCAACCUUCCGAUUUCAAAUCCGGCGCUCAAUCCGCUUAUCAUCAUCUAAGAGACAACUUCCGUUCGACCGCUCAAACAAUCUUAGCAGUCCCUUUAGAAGUCUUCAACGAAGGAUCAGGACAAGCAGUCGUCAAGGCUAUCCCGAUCGCCAUCCUUCAUCCUAUGGUCGGCGCUACUGGCGCAAUCAGUAAGACUCUCUUGGGCCUUCAUAACUCUUUGGACCCGCUCGGAUCUACCUCUCAUCUGCUCGAUAAAUAUAAGCAACAACAGCAUCAUCCUUCUUCUUCUUCUCCUUCUUCUUCGUCAAACUCUCAUGCUCUUCACGAUCCUGCUGGACGACAUCAUCAUCAUUCUCCUUCUUCGUCCUGA